UUCUUUCCACUUGGAAAUGUGAUCACUCCAUUUAUGAUAGGCUGGCAAAAAGAAAAAUAAAGAAAUCGAAGGAUAAAGACAUCAAAAAGGGGGAAAAUAAUAAAAGUGUCAAAAGAAAAUAAAAUUAAACCCUUUAUUAAGAGCAAUUUUUCUUUCGAACGGAAGAAAUGCUUGUAAUUAAGAACAAUGGAGAGGAGCAGAGGCAGGCAGAGAGCAGAUACUAUAGAUAUUUGUGAUCUUUUUUUUUUUCCUUUUUUUAUUUCACUUUCUUUCUCUCAAAAUAUAUUACCGUAAUCACUAAUUGAUCUUCUCUCUCAAUAGAAAUUUCAUACUCUCUCUCGACUCUUUUCUCUUAGCAAAGCAUGUCUUGCUACUUCUCUGUAUAUCAUUGUACUCAGACAGAUCGAUUUCUAGCAUUUUAGUGCCACUGACGAGCAGAUUGCCUACCAGGGCAUGAACAUCUUCAAGAGGCUAUAUUUGGACUUCCCCAUCACAGCUCCAUCAUUUCUGAUCGGAGAGCUGAAAGAUGGACAGGAACAGGUUGGAUUUAAGAUUGCAUCACUCUGGAUCAACACAAUCUGAGGAAUCAGCGUUAGAUUUGGAAAGAAACUGUUGCAAUCAUCCUAAUUUGCACUGGUCAAGUCCAUCUUCACUUCAGCCCUUUGCAUCAGGUGGUCAACACUCUGAAAGUAAUGCUGCCUACUUCUCUUGGCCUACUCUGAGUCGAUUAAAUGAUACAGCAGAAGAUAGAGCAAACUAUUUUGGAAACCUUCAGAAGGGGGUGCUGCCAGAAACUCUUGGGAGGUUGCCAUCAGGGCAGCAAGCCACCACCUUGCUCGAGCUGAUGACCAUUAGGGCAUUUCAUAGUAAAAUCUUGCGCCGGUUUAGUCUUGGCACAGCAAUUGGGUUUAGGAUUCGACGGGGUGUCUUGACAGAUAUUCCAGCUAUUCUUGUCUUUGUUGCCCGGAAAGUUCAUAGGCAAUGGCUAAGCCAUGCCCAGUGCCUACCUGCUGCCCUUGAGGGACCAGGAGGUGUAUGGUGUGAUGUGGAUGUUGUUGAAUUCUCAUAUUAUGGAGCGCCUGCACCAACUCCAAAAGAACAAUUGUACACAGAACUUGUAGAUGGGUUAAGGGGUAGUGAUCCAUGCAUUGGUUCUGGUUCCCAGGUUGCUAACCAGGAGACAUAUGGAACCCUGGGUGCCAUUGUGAAAAGCCGAACAGGAAAUCGACAGAUUGGUUUUCUUACAAAUCGGCAUGUUGCAGUUGAUCUGGAUUACCCAAACCAGAAAAUGUUCCAUCCUUUGCCACCUAGCCUUGGACCUGGGGUGUACUUGGGUGCUGUGGAGAGAGCAACCUCAUUUAUUACCGAUGAGCUUUGGUAUGGCAUCUUUGCUGGAACAAACCCAGAAACAUUUGUGCGAGCAGAUGGAGCCUUCAUACCCUUUGCAGAAGAUUUUAACAUGACCAAUGUAACUACAUCUGUGAAAGGUGUAGGUGAGAUUGGUGAUGUCCAUAGUAUCGACUUGCAGUCUCCAAUUAACAGUCUCAUUGGAAGGCAGGUUGUCAAAGUUGGAAGAAGCUCCGGCUUGACUACUGGAACCAUAAUGGCAUAUGCUCUAGAAUAUAAUGAUGAAAAAGGAAUUUGUUUCUUUACUGAUUUUCUUGUUGUUGGAGAGAACCAGCAGCCAUUUGAUCUUGAAGGUGAUAGUGGAAGCCUCAUUCUCUUGACAGGUCAGAAUGGUAACAGACCAAGGCCAGUUGGGAUUAUUUGGGGUGGGACAGCUAAUCGAGGUAGGUUGAAGCUUAAAGUUGGCCAACCCCCAGAAAACUGGACUAGUGGAGUUGAUCUUGGGCGCCUGCUUGACCUCCUUGAACUUGAUCUCAUCACUACCAAUGAAGGGCUUCAAGCUGCAGUGCAGGAUCAAAGAAAUGCAUCUGCAGCGGGAUUAGAUUCUACAGUGGGGGAGUCAUCUCCACCUGAUCGGGUGCUAUCGAAAGUUAGAAUUGAAGAAAACUUUGGGCCUCUAAAUUUAAAUAUUCAGCAAGUUUUAGUUGAAGGAGAAUCCCAACAAGGACUGACUAGACCUUUCCUUCACGCCGAGUUUCAUAUAGAAGAUGGGGUAGAAGCAGUUCCGAAUGUGGAACACCAGUUCAUUUCAAGUUUUGCAGGGAGAUCUCCAGUUCACGAAAAAAACCAACUGGAAAAUGUGGAAUUAAAAAACCUCUCAGAAUUAAAGAAUGGCUCGGAUGAGGAGAUAUAUGUAUCAUUGCAGCUGGGUGAGCCCGAACCAAAGAGAAGAAGACAAUCAGAUGAGUCUUUUAGUCAUUGAAGAAUCCAAAUUAAGGAACAAGGGGAUUUCCAAUGUGGCUUGGAGAAACUCCUUUCAAAGAUGAGCUUGCAAGGCUGUCUCCUUGUACUUGCUUGGACUUUAAAAUUCUAAGUUGUAAGUAUCCUGAAGCAUUAAAUUGCAAAAAAGGAAAUUUUAAGGUUCAUGCCUUAAAGGCUUAAAGUAGGUCAAGUAUCAUUCUUUUUUUCCCUGUUUGGGUCAAGGUUACAAGUUUAGGUUACAUAUGUGGGUCAUACACAUCUAGCAGGAAAAAAAAUGUUUAGGCAGUGCCUUUAUUUAUAUGUCUUUCAUUUACCCUUUUUUUUUUUUUUUUAAUUGUACCAUAAGUACUCCUAAAAAGUGAGUAUGAACAGCAAGUGAAACAUAAAUGUUAUUUGUGCAAGCAACCUUGGUUUUAACUUUUUUCUAGAACAUCAGAAGAGUUGGCCCUUA